AUGAACAGCACAGCCAGUACUCCAAGUUGCUGCUUGCCUCCAAGGAGCAGGUGCUGCAGCGGGUAGUUCUAGAAGAGAAAGUAGCACUGGAGCAGCAGCUGGCAGAAGAGAAGCACACUCCCGAGUCCUGCUUCAUCGAGGCAGCUAUCCAGGAGCUCAAGACUCGGGAAGAGGCUCUGUCAGGAUUGGCUGAAGGCAGAGAGGAGGUCACUGGUGUCGUGGCUGCUCUGGAACAACUGGUGCUGAUGGCUCCCUUGGCGAAGGAGUCUGUUUAUCAACCUAGGAAGGGUGUGCUAGAGUAUCUGUCUGCCUUUGAUGAAGAAACCACUGAAGUGUGUUCGCUGGACUGUCCGUCCCGUCUUGCUCUCCCUGUGGUAGAGGAAGAGGAAACAGUGUCUGAACCAGAGCCUGAAGGAUUGUCAGGGGCCUGUGAUCACUCGGAAUUAGCAGAUGACAAUCUUGGGGAGGGGACCAUUUGCAUUGAGUCCAGCCAGCAGGAACCCAUCAUCAAGCCAGGCAUCACACACCUCAGCAGCUCUCCUUGUUACUACUUUUACCAAGCGGAAGAUGGACAGCAUAUGUUCCUGCACCCUGUGAAUGUGCGCUGCCUCGUGCGGGAGUACGGCAGCCUGGAGCAGAGCCCAGAGAAGAUCUCAGCAACUGUGGUGGAGAUCGCUGGGUACUCCAUGUCUGAGGAUGUUCGACAGCGUCACAGAUAUCUCUCUCAUUUGCCACUCACCUGUGAGUUCAGCAUCUGUGAACUGGCUCUGCAGCCUCCUGUGGUCUCAAAGGAAACGCUAGAGAUAUUCUCAGAUGACAUCGAGAAGAGGAAGCGGCAGCGCCAGAAGAAAGCUCGUGAGGAACGGCGCCGCGAACGCAGAAUUGAAAUGGAGGAGAACAAGAAACAGGGCAAGUACCCAGAAGUCUACAUUCCCCUAGAGAAUCUACAGCAGUUUCCUGCCUUCAAUUCCUAUGCCUGUUCCUCCGAUUCUGCUUCGGGUCCCACCAGCACAGAGGGCCAGGAGGCCCUCUCCCUUUCUCCUCUUAGCAGAAGUCCAGGUUCCCAUGCAGAUACUAGGUCUUUGGAACUUGACUUAUGCAAUCGGAUCUCUGGUUCCAUUUCAGACUUUCUGCUGACCCCUCUGUCACCCACUGCCAGUCAGGGCAGUCCCUCAUUCUGCGUUGGGAGUCUGGAAGAAGACUCUCCCUUCCCUUCCUUUGCCCAGAUGCUGAGGGUUGGAAAAGCAAAAGUGGAUGUCUGGCCCAAAACUGCUCCAAAAAAAGAUGAGAACACCUUAGUUCCUCCUGCCCCUAUGGACAGCGAUGGGGAGAGUGAUAAUUCAGACCGUGUCCCUGUGCCGAGUUUCCAAAAUUCCUUCAGCCAAGCAAUUGAAGCAGCCUUCAUGAAACUGGACACACCGGCUACUUCAGAUCCGCUCUCUGAAGAGAAAGGAGGAAAGAAAAGAAAAAAGCAGAAACAGAAGCUCCUGUUCAGCACCUCAGUUGUCCACACCAAGUGACACUACUGGCCCUGGCUACCUUCUCCAUCUUUUUUUUUCCAUGCUUUUGAUUUGCUGCUGUAAUUUUAAGUGUUUGAGUUUGAAAAGACUAGCUCGGGGGGAGGGGGAUUCCACAACGCGAGGGGGAACCAAGAAAAAUUUUAAAUACAGUGUAUUUUCCAGCUUCCCGUCUUUACACCAAAAUAAAAGUAUUGACACUCACAAGACAUCUCUUCCUGCCAGAGUUUUUAGUUUGUUGCCAGGUUAGUGUUUUGGCCCAUGUGUAAUUAGUUUUCAGCCCCCCAAAAGUUUGAGUCCUUCAGCAUCCCUUGGAGCAGCUCACAGCAGAGCGGCACGAAGUGUCCUGCUGCGGCACCCCGCGCCGGCGCCUCUGCUUUCAUCACACCUAGCAGUUUGUCAUAAAGAUAGCUGCGUCCUUUCUGCCUGUGCAGUUCUCCUUGUCAUAGAAACAGGGAUGGGAAUAAAAUGGCCUUAGGAUACCCAGCUUAAGCUGCAGUUUGAUUUUCUUCUGCCAGAUGGCCAGGCUGUGGUGCCAGAUGUGGGUUGCCAGCUUGAUGGCCAUUUACAUGGUGAAGGAGGGUUAGGAACGCUGCCAGUCUGUAAGGAAGCUCUGAACCUGCCAUCCCACAGGUCAAGCUUGUCUGAUAGUGGCCUGACUGGUAGGGGCAGGAGUUUGGCUUGGAGAACAGGGCAGGGUGAAGGCAGUAGGUUGUCCACUGUCUUCCUCUUGUCUACAGCAGCUUUCUUAUGCCUUGAUUUGAGCUGAAUUUGAGUGAUGUGAAUUGUUUUCUGCUUAAUAAAAUGAACUCUAGGUGUAAUAGAAUGUGAAGGCAAAUAGUUGUAAUAAAUCACCUGCACAAGCAA